AUGCGUCGCUACUUCAGUCGCUUCACCAGCCGCUCACGCGUUGUCGCUGGCGAUCAGACACCGCAACGCUCAGUACCGAAUUAUAUCUUACAUCCUCACUAUGCAGCGAGUGGUAACAUGUCGAAUGUCAAGCCAUUUAUUCCUAUUCUAGAUUAUGACCAGCAACAGCAAUUGCGUGCGACGUGUGCGUUGGCGAAAGACAUACGGGAGUUUGCACGACCACUUUGCGAACCUGGAAUAACAACUGAAGAUAUUGAUCGCCUUGUGCAUGAAGAGAUUGUACGGCGUGGUGCUUAUCCCUCUCCUCUCAAUUACGGAGGAUUCCCAAAGUCGCUAUGUUCAUCUGUAAAUGAUAUUGUUGUGCACGGUAUUCCAGACAGCAGAUUGCUAGAGGAUGGAGAUAUUGUAAAUAUUGACAUUUCUGUCUACUUGAAUGGAUUUCAUGGUGACACGUCGCAAACGUUUACAGUGGGGAAUGUAGACGAAGCCGGAAAACAUUUAAUACACGUGACCAAUCAAGCUUUGGUGGGAUCCAUAGAUAAGUGUUGUAAACCGCUGAACCGCUUUGCUAUGAUUGGAAACUUUAUACAAAACCUAGCAGAACAAGAAGGACUUGGUGUUGUACAAGAGUACACAGGUCACGGUAUUGGUCAGGAAUUUCACUGCUUACCUUAUAUUCUGCAUCACCGAAAUGACGAGCCAGCUAAGAUGCUGCCUGGUAUGGCCUUUACGGUCGAGCCGGCACUAACGGAAGGCGAUCCACAGAUUGAGCACUGGGACGACGGAUGGACCGUGGCAACCGUAGACGGUGGACGAUCAGCGCAGGCUGAGCAUACUUUGCUCAUCACCGAGGAUGGCGUCGAGAUUUUGACGAUGUAA